AGGUCCGGAAAUGACACAUCCCUGUAUCAAAACUCAAGUCCAUUAUUAUCAAAGGAACAUGUACCGGGAAAGAUCGUCAGUUCAUACCGGAACCAAUCAAGUGAUUUCAGCUCAGCUUGGUUUCCUUCUGAUACACAAACAUUUAGACAUCACAAGCAGUUUAUUCCUUAUAUCUGUAUAUAAAGUUCAGCGACUGACGGCGAAAAGCAUACUCAUUGAAAAGGAAAAAGAAAAGAAGCGUGGAGUUAGAGCUUAAUGGCAGGCUUAAAAAAAAUCGAGCUCUCUUGCCAAUACUUGAUAUGGAUGUUGAUAUUUUGAAGGAGACGACUUUUUAGAAAUGCUUGGAAGAUCAUAAUCAACACGUCGGCUUGAUAUCGUGAGAGGAACUCGAACUUGGGCAUUUAACUUAUUUUUUGUUGCUGUUGUGGCUAAAUUCAUACCGCAAACGUGAGCUACAGCUGAACUGUGAUUUUACUAUAUAAUUACUAAGUUUACUCAGAGGCAUGACAGAAUUGAAAUAAAGUUAUUUAUACUUACGUGGACUGUGCUUUAUCCAAUGGCAUUACACAUGCAGGAUUUAGGAGAAAUAGGCAUUAUAGAACUGGAUCUGGUGCACUUUGACUGAACACAUUGAAUCAUCGUUUCACAAAAUGCGAAUGAAGAAAUUAUCACGGCUUUUUGUCAUCAUUAUUGCCUUCCUGACCAUUGUGAAGGUAAAUGCCGAUGAAGAGGAAGAUGAUGACGAUGACGAGAGCCGACAUCACGUGGGGCACAGGAUAACACGACCACCGUCGUCAUCAUCAGGGAGAGAGGAUGGAACAGGAUCAGGAGCUAAUGCUGGUCAUCAUGGUCACAGUGGAAGAAGACCCGGUAGAGGACAUAAAAAGGAGGACGACGACGAAGAAGAGGAAAGCGACGAAGAUGAUGAGGAGGAGUUUGAUGGUGGCGCAGGUCAUUCAGGAGAAGAAGGGGGUGUCGGAACAGGGGGAGGAACAGGGGGGCAAGGUGGGGGUCCAGACGGAGGAGGAGGUGGAAAUGGGGGCAACGGAGGAGGCAAUGCUGGUGGUGAUGCAGGUGGAGGAGCUGGAGGUAGCGGUGGAAAUGGUGGAGGUGGUGUAGGUCCAGAUGGAGGAUCAGGCGGUGGUGGAAAUGGUGGAGGUAAUGGUGGGUCAGGAGCUGGGGGAGGUAGUGGAGCUGGAAGUGGAGAAGCCGGUGGAAACGGUGGAGGGACAGGGUCAGGUGGAGGUGGCACAGGAGGGACAGGUGGAGGUCACGGUGGAGCAGGAGGAACAGGAGUAGGCACAACUGACAGUGGUAUCGGUGGUGGUGGAGGAGGAGGCGGCGGCGGUGGUGGUGCCGAUGGUGGAGUAAAUGGAGGAGGGGGUGGAACCGGUGGCACAGGUGGAUCUGGAGGAGGAGAUGCUGGUGGAAGUAGUGGAAACGGUGGAGGUGCUGGAGGAACAUCUGGUGGCGGUGGCGGUGGUGGCGGUGGUACUGGUGCAACAGGAGGACCCGGAGGUGGACAAGGUGGAUCUGGUGGUUCAGUCCCUGGAACAUCAGAUCCCGGAACGACUGCUGGUCACUCAUCUGGAGGCCCAAGAGUGACCUCACCACCGAUUUCGCACAUCCCUAGAUCUACAUCGGUCCCAACGAUCACACCUUCACCCACGGAACCAUUCUGUCCGUCAUCUUGCCCUGUCGUUCUCGACUUCGUCUGCGGGUCCGAUGGCCAAACUUACGCCAAUGAGUGUGUUCUAAGCGUAGUUCGGUGCACCACGGGCGAUACCACGUUAGCAAUAAUGUACAGAGGCCAGUGUCAGGUUCAGCCUCUGACAUUUUCGAAUCCCUUUCGUUCUUGGGGAAGUAGAGGUGCAGAUUUACCAUCGAAAGAAAGACCCUUGCCAUUGUCUGCACCAUCGGCGUUAUCAAAAAUGAAACCCAUUAUGAAUAUUAAAGAAGCAUUGAAAUACUGGAGAGAAACAAGCAGGACAACAAGAUCGAGUUUUUAUGAAAACUCAGCUCGCUGAUAGUGAAAUAAAAAUGACUUAUUACUUCUCUUUGGCAUAACUGUGUAAUCUGGUAACGCCAAUAAGUGGAUUGAACCAAGUACUAUUUCGUCUUAAGUUUUGAAAUAAGGGUUAUGACAUGAACGUAAAUUAAAGUUUAUUUUUCUAUUAUUCAUUGCUGUCAUUAAUGGUAUCUACUCGAAGCCUUCCUUUCAUUGAUAUUGGACCAUAUAGGCCCUUCAUUCAGUGGCGGACCCAGGGGUGGGGGGGGGGGGAAGGAGGUGGUGUGAUGUAAAGACAACUUUUGUUUUGUAACUUCUGAAGGUUUCCAUGGCGAAGAAGAGUGUAGUUGGUUUCACGGUUGGCCUACAUCAGUAUAUUUCGUAGGCCAACAAUUUCCCACGAAAGAUAGAUGGUGUACCGUGAAACCCACUACACUCCUCUUUUGAUUUGCUUUUCAGAAUUCUUUUGAAAAAAAAAAUGGUUCAACUUUUAGGCCUUCUCCCCUAAGAAAUUCUGAAUUCACCAUUUCCUUUAUUUAGGUCCAUGGGCGGAAAUCCCAGGGGGAAAGGGGGACGCGUCCCCCUACCCAAAAUAGUAGGGGGGCACAAUA